GAAAUUUGUUGAUUUGUUGAUUGAACAUGAGUACUAUUGGUUGAAAUUUGUUAGAAGUGUGUAAAUGGCUGGUGUUUAUCUUGUUGCUACAAGAACAAGAAUUGCAUGGAGAAUAUUAUGGAGAAGUCGAUUAUAUGAACAAAAAAUGCAUUAGAUGGUUGAUCAAUGUGAAUUGUAGAGAAGGCAAUUUUAAGGAGCUGGCAAUUGCAUAGGGAAUUGUAUGGAGAAUUACAUGCCAAAAAUCUGAAGGGAUGCGAUAAGCUUGGUUGGUACUUGACAUUGACUUUACUAUAAUCGAAGCUUGAGGUCAUUUUUUUGGGAAAUAUUGAAGCUUGAGGUCGGCAACUUGGGAUGCAUAAGCUAGCGUAGUUAAUAGACAAGUAGCACUAUAUCUCCAAAAAAAAAAAGACAAGUAGCACUAUGAAACUGUUUAAUGGCUUGGCUGUUAGUGACAAAGUAUAGAUAAAACUGAAGGCCCAAGUGGCAUCACGCACAUCAAUCAGUUCAGAGAACGUGAUUGCCGGCGGCUUCGCCGAUCGAUGCAUUAUUAAUGUAUUGAUUAACUACUACAGUAUAUCUGAAUUUUACAGUUUUAAUAAUAUAUGGUUGUGUGCAUCGCUCGAUGCAAAGGACGGGGGUUAUCCUUCUUUUGAAAAAAAAGAACUACUACAGUGGAUCAUGCCUUUUGAGUUUAGACUUUAGAGAUCCUCUAUCAUUGCCAAAAUAAUGGCGAAGAAACGUGUGGCUGGGAGCCUUCGCUGGCGGCAUCUGUAAAUCCAAAAAAACCAAAUCACCUUUUCCUACAGUCUCUCACUCUUCUUUGCCACCUUUGCCGCAGUUGGAGUUAAUCAUUUUGAUUGAAAAUUUGGAGGGGUAUAUAAAGAAAAGAACGGCGGAAGGUACCUUUUUUUAACAUCAGUACGGACACAAGCGCUAAUAUACACGCGCAUACACUCACCCUAUGAACACACACACCCACACCCUACCCUAUGAGCAUCUCCGAAAUAAAUCCAGGAAUAAACGCGAGCACCCGGAUUUGAACCCUGGUGAGCUGGGGAUACCACAGUCCCUCUAACCAUCCUAUCACAGGUUGGUUCGCCAGCGGAAGGUACCUUGAAAUGAUAGGAUAGCAUGGAUGCGUUGGCAAGAAAAUUGAAGGUAUAUUUGAAAUAUUAUCCACACCGGCAGGGGAGUAGUAUAUACUUCUUUCAUUCCUAAAUAUAAGUCUUUGUAGAGAUUUCACUAUGGAUGACAUACAUAUGUUAUUCUAGAGUGUACAUUUACUCAUUUUGCUAUGAUAUGUAGAGAGGACAGGGGGAGGAGUUAAUAAAAGGUUGUGAUGUUGAACUGGACAAGUAGAAACCGGAAGCCUUGAUUUGAAUACAAAGCCAUCCCUCACGGUUGAAUAAGUCGGUUACAUAAUUGGCGUGGUCAGCACCUUGGUUGCUGAUGCUGAUGCUGUCGGAGUUACAUAAUUGGUGAUGCUGUCAGAUUUAAAUAUAUAUGUCAUGGGACCAAAUAUCAAUUAUUGUUGAAAUAAUCUAAUACCUAAUGAACGCGCUAACCAGUAGCGGUAGGUGUAGACUUGGAGCUGAAAGAAAUUCAUAAGAGGUUUGUUUUAUUGCAUAAGCCAAGUACCAACCAACGGCUUCAGUACUAGUAGGUGUGCUGAUCUCUUUUCCAUGCUCUGCUCCUGUUCCAUGAUAACUUUUCUCUUUCAGAGUUACCAUUUUCCUUGGUAGAAUAUUUGCACAAGGAUCGUGUUUGAUGUGCUUAUGGAAAUUGUAUAGGAUGGAUGAAUAUUGUUUUAUGUAUCGUUGUAUUGAUCUGACCCUUGUAUGGGGUAUAUAUGGAAGACACAUGAGGGGUAGAGGCUUGGAGCACAAGACAAGACAUAGAUAGUUUAAACCUAUUUAAUAUCUACUCCUUAUCUCUAUCUUUAAACCCAUAUCAUAUUCCAACAGUGCUUAGAUCGCCUUGAGGCAGUUCCAGUUUGUGCUUGCUAGACUGCAUACAUGGCCAAAUCUCUAGCAGCGUGUACCUAGAAUGGAGGACACACGUGUGCUGGAGCUUAUACUUGAAGGAAAGGAGAACCCGACGAAUCUGUCAUUGGCACUGUUACAUAAAAUCACCAAUGGUUUCUCCGAAGAGAGAAAGAUUGGUCAGGGUGGAUUUGGAGAGGUUUACAAGGGUGUGCUCCCAAACGGGAUAUUUGUUGCUGUGAAGAGGAUCGUAAACCCAAUUGAUGACCAGCCAUUUCGUCGUGAGUUUAAUAUCCUAACAAAGAUUGAUCAUCAAAAUGUAGUCAGGUUUCUUGGCUUCUGUUCUAAUUCAUAUCAGAUACCGACAAAAGAGGCUCAAUCAGAAGAAAUUAAUUUGGCCAGCGUAAAAGCAAAAUUGUUCUGUUUCGAGUAUAUCAGCAAAGGAAGCCUUGAUCAGCAUAUUAGUGAUGAAUUAAGGGGACUUGAUUGGGAAACACGUUAUGAAAUCAUCAUGGGAAUCUGCCAGGGUCUGUGUUAUCUUCACAAUGAAAAAAACAUUAUUCAUAUGGACCUUAAACCAGCAAACAUAUUACUAGGUGAUAAAAUGGUUCCAAAACUAACGGAUUUUGGUUUGUCAAGACCAAAUAAAAACUCACGUACUAUGGCACAACCUAUUGGAACACGAGGAUAUAUCGCUCCAGAAUACGAAAAAGAUGGGGAAAUUUCCUUCAAGGCUGACAUAUAUAGUUUGGGUGCCAUAAUCAUAGAAUUAGUAAAGGGGUGUAAGGGCGUCCCUCACAAAAAUAAUGUACUUCGAAGAUGGAGACACAGGUGGAAUAAGCCACCAACAUCGGUACAAUACCAUCAAGUCACUAGAUGCAUUGACAUGGCAGUACAGUGCAUGCAGGAAAAACCAGGACAUAGACCUUCUAUAUCGGAAAUAAUCCACAUUUUGAGUGAACCUGGGAGGAUGAAUGGUAACCCUGACGAGGAAAGCACUUAUCUUGAAGAUGACAUGCUUGGUAUUGAGCCGCUCGAGCUUCCUUUUAGUUUUAAGAAUAACAAGGAGAUGUCAUGGUCGGUUAGGCUAACCAACAAGACAAAGGCUUUUUUUGCAUUCAACAUUGAAAAACCAAGCAAGCAUUACACCAUACAGCCAGACAAAGGCAUCGUGAAGCCAGGAUACAACGAUUGUCUUGUUAAAAUAACAUCGCAGCCACAGGAAUGUGCACCGCAAGUUAUAGAGAAUGCUGACAAGUUCAUCGUGCGGAGCACAAAAGUUACCGGGGAUCUUAGAGAUGAGGAUAUCACUCGAUAUAUAUUCCACGAAGAGGUUCCUGGUAAAGUGGUUGAUGAGGUAGAUAUCUUGGUUGUAUAUGAGAAGGGUAGUCGCAAGAGAGGGCAAGACCCCGAUAUGACCGUCGAGGCAGUCCCCCCCCCCCGCAAGCGCAAGGCCAUCAAAUCUAGCAUCUAUGAAGAUGGCAAACGAGGACAGCUAGAUCGUCGUAAUUUCCAUCCACCAGAGAACUUUUCACACAGGCAACCUACGAACAAGACCUACCUACAGAGAGUUAGUGAUCGAGCCAUGGAUGUCACAAGAGGGGCCAUGGGCAGCCUGCUCCACAAGCUGGGCGAGCUCCUCAAGGAUGAGUUCAAUCUGGACACGAACGUCAAGGAAGACAUCAAGUCUCUUUCGAGAGAGCUGAUGAAGAUGCAUGUAGUACUCCACAAGAUAUCAGCUGUGCAACAGGACAACCUCGAUGACAUGGUCAAGCGUUGGGCCGGUAAUGUCAGGGAGAUGUCAUAUAACCUAGAGGAUUUUGUUGACGGCUUCUUGGUGCACAGUGAACCUGACUCUAGCAGGAGUAGCUUUAACGAGCUCACACACGAUUUGUGCCUACUCUUGGAGAAGGGCCAGAGUCACCACGAGAUUGGGAACUUAUAA